GAAAUGUGAACGCAAACAUCGAGGCUUUUAAUCUUCAACUCAGUUUUUCUUCUCUUAUGGGAUCAACAAAAAGUCUGCCCUCUCUCUGUACUUCCGAAACAUCUUCUCGAACAAAUGGGUUCUCCGGUUUCACUCUGCAACGGCGGCUUAGAUGCGCGACGGCUAGUAAUCGGAGAUCUGUCGUCGAGAGAGACCACGGAGGAGGAAGACGACUACGCUGUGUUCUCCGGUGAGGAGGAAGAGGAGGAGGAGGAGGAGGAGGAGGAGGAUGGGUGGAGAGAGGAUCGUUUCUGUUUCUACUUUGUGAAGCAGUUCGCUUACGAUGACCCUGAGAUUAAGGCUAAGAUCGAUGAAGCUGAUAAUGAGAUUUAUAAUUGCAACAGUGAGAGGAUUCACAUUGCAAACAGAUUGAAAGCUAAAAGGGCUGAGAGAUUGUCUCUGAUGUCAUCACUUGAUGUAAUGAAGGAUCAAGAAACUACCAACAGGUUAAGUGAGGUUAAGAUGGAGAUGGAGUUGUUGGAUGCUCAAAUGGGUUGUGUGCUUGAUCAAAGAGACAGAGCCUUUGAAAGGAUUAAAUUAUUGAGGAUACAACGAGACAAAGGGAAUGCCGCCUUUUUCCAGAGCCGUGCUGUCAUGAAGAAGGCCAUAGAGUUAGCUGCUUGUGGAAACUUUAGAGAUCUUGAAGAGCUUGCUUACUCCGAGGUUGAUAAAUUUAUGUCUCGUUGGAACAAUGACAAAGCUUUUAGGGAUGAUUACAAGAAAAGAAUCUUGCCUUCACGAAAGCUAAGGGGCAAUGAGCAGAUUAGGAGCUCAGAAUGUGAUGUAGAUACUGAGAAUAGAGAUGAAACAGCAAUAGAACUCAAGAGGUUUUGUACUGAGGAGGAGGAGGAGAGUGAUAAAGAAGCUUUGAAGGAGAAGAGACGAGAAGAGCAGUUAGAGAAAGCUAGACUAGCGAUGGAGAGGAAGAGGAAGCUACAUGAGAAAGCUGCUGCUAAAGCUGCCAUAAGAGCUAAGAAGGAAGCUGAGAAGAAACUCAAGGAGCUCGAGAAGAGAGCUAAGAAGAAGAAGGUUCUAGAGAGAACACCAGAGACAGUCACGGAAGCAUCAGAGCCGGAGAAGGAGAAACCACUGAAUGGGAGAUCAGUGAGUUGGAACCAGAGAAGUUUGAGGUACAGACAUCACAAGAAAGGAAACGAGAAUGUCCCCAAAGCCAUCUUGAAGCGUAGGAGAGCUUACAGGUUAUGGGUUUGGAGUGUUUCCUCUGCUGCACUUGCGCUCCCUCUAGCUCUCUUCAUUGUCUUCUUUUACGUUCGAUGAGAGGAAGAAGAAGAAAUGUAAAAGGAGAUUUAAGUUAGAUUAGUGUUGUGUUUGGUGUCAUAAAAUUUCAAGAGUAGUCAAGGAAUUUGCAUCCAUAGAGAGUUAUGAGGUCUCUCCAUGGAUGGAAAUGUCUUUGACCAUCUUGUAAUUCAUGAUUCUAAACAGAGACAUUUCAUAGUUUAUAUGUUUUGAUCUGUUUGUUGACAUUAGGAACCAAGACACUCUCUUAGUGGUGAUUAGUUUAAUAUUGUAUAUACAUGUAAGAGUCAUCAUGGAAUCUUUUACAUAAAUAUAACUUUUGGA